UACAGACAAAAGAAAAGUAGUUAAUUAUGUUUCUGUGCUUCAGAAUUACAUGGGCGUAUGCAAGAGGUCCAAAGGAAAAGUACAUCAGUGUGAUUGAUGCCCUACCUCUCAGUAGAAGCUAUUGGCACCUGGACUACAGGCUGUAAUUUCGUCCCUGCACCAUCCGUCACACCCCUGCUGUUCUACUUAUUGCUCCUUUAAAUGGUUCCUGAGUCACUCACAGUUGCACCCCAGUGAUGGAAUACUGUUACAGUUAAACAGAAGGGGGCUGUUUGUAUUUAAACACAUUCAAGUCCACUGAAGGCAUAAGGGAAUGAGGCCAUUUUGACACCUUGGGCCCUUGGGAGCCAAUGACCAUGCUGGCCACGCCCCAACAGAGAACCAGAGCAGCUGUGAUGCGUACACAGUGUAGCCACGGCGACAUGUCCCAGCUGGGCCCGUUCUCCCCCCUCCUGGGCUGGAAGGCUUCAGACACAGCCCUGCUUCCAUUCAACGCCUCCAACCAAAACGGCUCCUCGGGAGCCCUCGUAGCGCUGGUGACGGGGGGCCUGGGGGCCGGCGGAGAGCUUCGCUGGGCAUCUCUCCUGAUCGUCACGCUCAUCAUUCCCACUAUCGGGGGGAACAUCCUGGUCAUCCUCGCCGUCUCCCUGGAGAGGAAGUUGCAGAACGCCACCAACUACUUCCUGAUGUCCCUGGCGGUAGCAGACCUGCUGGUGGGGCUGCUCGUCAUGCCUGUUGCCCUGGUAACAGUGCUCUUCAAUUCUGGGUGGCCCCUUCCAGAGUUCCUCUGCCCCAUCUGGCUCUUCCUGGACGUCCUGUUCUCCACCGCCUCCAUCAUGCAUUUGUGUGCCAUCUCCCUAGACCGUUACAUCGCCAUCAAGAAACCCAUCGAGCACAGCCAAUAUAAGUCCCGGGCCAGGGCCCUCACCAAAAUCGCCACUGUGUGGCUCAUAUCCAUUGGUAUCGCUAUAUCCAUCCCAAUUAAAGGCCUGAAGAACACCAAGACGACAACCUUCAAUAGCCACCAUACCUGUCUGCUGAAGCCUGACUGCUUCAGGGAGUUCAUUCUGUUUGGCUCCAUAGCAGCCUUCUUUGUCCCACUGACCAUCAUGAUGGUGAUAUACCUGCUAACGAUCCAGGUACUGCGAAAGAAAGUGUACCUGCUCAAGUUCAGAUCAUCACAGAACUUUGGCACAUCCACUGUAUCCACAGUCUUCCAGAGGGAGCUGCCUACCAUCUCCUCCCCUGAAAUGGUGGCCAUGCUGGAUGUCCCCCACAAGGAUCUGGUGAAGGGCCACAUAGACCCCAUCACACUGGAGGAGGUUCCUGUCCGCAAAAUGUCCACCAUAGGUAGGAAGUCCAUGCAGAACCUCAGCAAUGAGCAGCGUGCAUCCAAGGUCCUGGGCAUAGUCUUCCUCCUCUUUGUGGUCAUGUGGUGCCCUUUCUUCAUCACCAAUGUUAUCUCAGCGGCCUGCAGAAGCUGUGACGGGCAUAUUGUGGGCAGGCUGAUGGAGAUCUUUGUCUGGGUGGGCUAUGUGUCAUCAGGGAUCAACCCUCUGGUCUACACCCUCUUCAACAAGACCUUCCGGAAGGCUUUCAGCCGUUAUAUCACCUGCGACUUCAGCGGGACACGCCCGCCCACGAGAGCGUCACCCAGGGUCCUGAGCUUCCGUUCCUCAGCCACCCAGAAUUCUAAGCUCUUCGUGAAGCACGGGAUAAGGAAUGGGGGGUACCAGAGUCCUCUGUGUCUGCGGGCCGCCAUGCCCACCCAGGCCUCUGCCAGCCUAUUACUGGACACGCUCCUCCUCACGCAGAAUGAGGGCAACAAACAACCGGAGCAGGACAGCUACGUGUAGCAGCAGCUGCAGCCUUUCAUACGAAAGAGGAAUUCUGAAGAGUUCUCUUGAUGAGGCCAGUCUUCAAGCGGCUGGGCCAUGAAUUAUUUUCACUGAGGGAUUUGGUAGGACUGAGCUAAGGAGAAAGAACUGGCCUGUGCCAUGUGAACAACAUAAACCCUCUGCACAGACAGUGGCCAGUGACCAGGAUGUGCUGAUUACCUCUAUGAUGCUUGUGAACAGCACACAUUUCACUAGAUGGAUGUGAAAGCAGGACACAUAGAGUGACACAUACCAGGAAAAGGACAUGUCAGAUCCUUUGAUGCGUUACAGCAAUUUCCGUACACAAAUGACAUUUCAUUCCAUAAAAUAUAUCUGCAAACCAUAUGUAUGUGCAGCUUUGGUGACUUCACUAAUAAAACUUUUAUGAAUACACAUUCAUAAUGGUCCAAGAAUACAGUCAGAAUAUUGACAGUCAGACAGUUUGUGCAGGUUGUCCAUUUUCAAUAGCAUUUGAUUAAUCCACCUAUACAUACAAAGAUGUCGUGCUUAUUCGCUUCCCAUUUAAUUUGACUCAUUGUCAACUUGAUCUUGAGGGUUUACAGGACCUCAGUGAUGAACCACUGCCAAAAUAAAUGGCUCUUUCUUAUCAGCAAAUGAUAAAUCCUCAAAGCAAAGGCGUCGGAGAGACAGCAGAUGUGAAUGUUUGCCAAACACAGACUAGGGCCAUAUGAAUGUUUCUGUG